GUACAUUACAAAUGCAUGGAACCACUGAGUAUCCUCCUUAACUCUGAGUGGGCACUCACAUGGUCGUUAUACUCAUCUCUUUCUAGUGUGACAAUAAGUAUUUAGGUGGCAAGCACCUUUACCAGGUAAUCCAUCUCACUGGCCCAAAUACAUAUGUUUAAAAAGAAGCGAGGUAUCGAGUCAGGCAUGGUAGUACAGGCACAGGAUGAGGCAGGAUGAUGAUGAACUGGAAGCCAGACUGGCUAUCUCAAGCCUGCACCUCCCCUCCCUUUUUUCAGAUGGUGAUGAAGCUCUAACAUUUCUUCAGACCCAGUUCUGAGGCUUGAGUCAUCCCUGUGACUCACUGAAUUCUUCCGCCCAAUGGCCAUCCCCAAGAGCCCUCUGAGCCCAGUACUCUGGGAACAGGAUAGCUUCCUUCAGGUGAAGGUGAAAGAGGAGGAAGAAGCUAGCGACUCCCAGAGCCAGGAAUCCAGCCCUAGCUUUACUGCCCACCCUGAGGCUGCACGCCUGCGCUUCAGGCACUUCCGCUAUGAGGAGGCAUCCAGCCCCCAUCAGGCGCUAGCCCAGCUGCGAGAGCUAUGUUGCCAGUGGCUGAGGCCAGAGUCGUCCUCCAAAGAACAGAUGCUGGAGUUGCUGGUGCUGGAGCAGUUCCUGGGUGCACUGCCCCCUGAGAUCCAGGCCUGGGUGGGUGCUCAGUGCCCAAAGAGUGGAAAGGAGGCCGCCGUUCUGGUGGAGGAUAUGACUCAACUGCUGGACAGGAGAGGAUGGGAGCCGGGAGCGGAACGUGAAGAGGCAAGUUGCAAACAGAGCAAUACCGAUAAAUUGGAGCCACCAGAAAUGGCCACUGAGACCGUCAUGGGAAGCACUUCCCCAGAAUCUACCCUUGCCCACACUUGUAAACCUGAGAGCAGCUCAGAGAGCCAGCCAGAGCGCAUAGGAGAACUCUGGAUGAAGUCUACUGCCCAAGAGAUGGAUUUCAGAAAAGCUCUGGGGCCUCCCAUAGAUGCCUCCAGUGACCAGCCUGUACAAGAGUCUGAUGCCUCAGAAAACGGUUCCAACAUGUGGCCCAACUUCCCUUCCCAAGACAAGGCUUCUUCAGAGGAGAAAUUUGGCCCAUUGCUUGAUAAUGAGACAGUGCCUCCAGAGACAUACUCAGAGAAGUCUUCCAAGGAUAGUGAAUGUGUGAAAACAUUCCAGAACACUUCGGCCCUGGAGGCCCACCAGAAGAGCCACUCUCAGAAGACGCCCUAUACCUGUACUGAGUGUGGGAAGGUAUUCAGUCGGAGCACCCACCUUGUCCAACACCAGGUUGUUCACACAGGAGCAAAGCCUCAUGCAUGUAAAGAGUGUGGUAAAGCCUUCAGUCGAGUUGCCCACCUGACCCAGCACCAGAGGAUUCACACUGGGGAGAAGCCUUAUAAAUGUGAAGAAUGUGGCAAAACCUUCAGCCGCAGCACCCACCUCACGCAGCAUCAGCGGGUACAUACAGGCGAGCGGCCCUACGAGUGUGAUACGUGCGGCAAAGCCUUCAGCCAGAGCACCCACCUGACACAGCACCAGCGCAUCCACACUGGGGAGAAGCCCUACAGGUGUGAUGUGUGUGGGAGAGCCUUCAGUGACUGUUCAGCUCUGGUCCGGCACCUGAGAGUCCACUCCGGAGAGAAGCCUUAUCAGUGUAAGGACUGCCCAAAGGCCUUUGCACAGAGCUCCUCCCUCAAUGAGCACCAGCGCACUCACACGGGUGAAAAGCCUUACAAAUGCAGUGACUGUGGGAAAGCUUUUAGCCGCAGCUCAGCUCUCAUGGUGCACCUAAAGAUCCACAUCACCGUGACUCGAAGCACCCCUUAGAGUCCAGCACAGCCUCCCGGAGAGGCUGGACAUCCAUGGCUUGAUAACUGUGCUACCCAGUGUCUAAGGGCAGAGUGUGGCUAUCUGGGAACACCUCUACAUUGGAGGUCCCAGGGGAAGUCCCCUAAUGAACACGGAUUCAGACCAAUUGCUGACACUUCUAGAAGCUUCCAACUGCCCUCCAUAUCCCACUCAGGCUGGUCCCAGAGAGAAGAUACUAGUGAACUAACCAUCUGCAUUGUUUCUUGGAAGCAGAGCAAGUAAAGGCAGGUGUCUUUCCAGGCUCAGAUGGCCCAAGAUCCUCAAGGCAGAAAGGCUCAAGCUUCAGGUUCUUACAUGGCUACUGUUCUUGCCGGUUCCUUUGAUGGUCAGCCUAGAAUGGCCCACUCUGUGCCUUCACACCUGCUUCCCCACCAUAUUACUUUAUGCCUAACUCCAAGACAGACUUGGGAGGCUGCCUCCCCAUGCCAUCCCUCUCAUGUUCUCCCUGCUUUAACCCACGUGAUGCUUGACACUUGCCUAGUAUCUGUCUUCUCCUCCCACAUCUUCCUUCCACAUCUCACAGGCUCCAGCCCUGUGGAUUCAUCAUGAAUCCCUGUGGAUUCACCUCAAGCUCAUCUCUAAUCUAGCUCCUCCUCCAGCAUCACGUCCUGUGAGCGCACCUUGCCUCCCACUGGAUUUUUAUCAGGGCUCUCCUUUCUCACCUCUUCCUGCCUUCAUUCCAUCCCCACCCACUUUUCUGGCGCAUCUUUUUCUGCUACCCAGAUCACAUUGAAUCAUUCCAUGACACAGUAUGUUGUCAGUGAGUCACCUCUUCAACAAACAAGCAUGCCAGGAUACAUGUCACUUUGACCCAAGCAAUUACUCUAGUUAUCUUCCAAUGUAUAUAUAAAUGUUGUCAUUUGUCUUUGAGCAGAGUGUGUGAAAGUAAUUUCAAAGUACUGGUCUGCCUGUUGGGCAGACUCCACUCCUUGUCUGUUGUCUUGUGUUUGCUCCAGACCUGGCCUCCUCUUGCCUCUUCCACUCCUCGUAGCCUCACCUCCCACAUGCCAGUCAUACUUUCCCCUGCCUGUGUGCCUUUUUAUCUGUCCCUGGGACUCUGGGGCCUUUUUUCCUCUAUGUUGUCUUCGAUAUCCUUGAAAAGCUUCCCCAAACACUUUGACCUUACCUUAUCUUGCCUGACACUCUCUUGCUGCUGGAGUACCCCGUUAUUAGCUGUCCUAAACCUCUUCCCAUGUCAUUGUGCUUGCACUUCUUACACAAUGUAUAGGCCCCCGCUCCCAAAGUAUUUUUUGCUGUGGACACAGUGUACAAGAUGCAGCAAAUGCUUCCUAAUGUCUCUAGUCUGAGUGUAACUAUACCUCCCUUAGGUCGUCACUGUCCUCCACCCCAUGUUUUCUUAAUAAAGACAUUUAUGGAAGAGCCCCUGUGCCCAUAUAAGUCUGCUGCAGUGGUCAAAACAAAACAUGGCUAUACUGAGCCUUCCUUGCCUCAGGUCCUGAAGCCCUGAGUACCAUAGACUUAAGGGAUGCCAGCACUCUGCUGAUCCUAAAAUCAUAACCUGUUUACUUUGCCUGCCUUCCUUUCUUUCAGAAAGACAAUCCCUUGGCUCCUGUGCCUCCUGAGUAAUAUGAGUGACUUUACAAGGUUUUCAGUCACUGAUGUAUGUGAGCUACUGUAUCUUCAUUAGCAUAAUACAUUUUGUUUUCCUAAA